AUGUUCACAUUUGUCAUGUGUUUAGAUUUCUGUGAUCUGACUCUGGAUCCCAACACAGUAAAUUAUAACCUCAUUCUGUCUGAGAGGAACAGAGCGGUGACGUGCAGUGGGAGAAAGCAGCAGUACUCUGAUCAUCCAGAGAGAUUUGACUCCUACAGGCAGGUGUUGAGUAAGGAGAGUGUGUGUGGACGCUGUUACUGGGAGGUGGAGUGGAGCGGUGGUUGGUUUGGUGUGUACAUAUCAGUCUCAUAUAAAGACAUCAGCAGGAAAGGAUGGGGUAAUGAGUGUGAGUUUGGACGCAACAAUCAGUCCUGGAGUCUGUGGUGUUCUUCUUCUUCUUCUCUCUUUUUCUAUCACAACAACAUUAAGACUGAUCUCAGAGUUCCAUCAUCCUCCAGAAUAGGAGUGUAUGUGGAUCACAGUGCAGGAACUCUGUCCUUCUACAGCGUCUCUGACACGAUGAAGCUCCUCCACAGAGUCCACACCACAUUCACUCAGCCUCUAUACGCCGGGUUCAGGCUGCGCUAUUUUGGAUCAGCUGUGAGAUUACGUGAUCCAGAAUAAAAUAUCAGAAAUGUGAUUUUAUUGAAUUAAAAUGAGCAACUUUACUUUUUUAUAUCAAGCUUAAUUCCAAUGUAAUAUGAGGCAUUUAUUUGUGAUUUCCCAAUUUUCCUUUAUAACGUUAGAUCUUUCCUCUGUCUUUUAGGAGAUUUCAGUAUUACACAGUAAUGCUUGAAAGUUUGUGAACCCUUUAGAAUUUUCUAUGUAUCUGCAUAAGACCUAAAACAUCAUCAGAUUUAGACAAAUCCUAAAAGUAGAAACUAUUACACUUGGUCAUUUAUUUAUUCAGGAAAAUGAUCCAAUAUUAGACAUGUGAGUGGCAAAAGUAUGUGCACCUUUGCUGUCAGUAUGUGGUGUGACCCCCUUGUGCAGUAAUAACUGCAGAUAAACGUUUGGGGUAACUGUUGAUCGGUCCUGCACAUCGGCUCGGAGGAGUUUUAUCCCGUUCCUCAGUACAGAACAGCUUCAACUCUGGGAUGUUGGUGGGUUUCCUCACAUGAACUGCUCGCGUCAGGUUCUUCCACAACAUUUCUAUUGGAUUAAGGUCAGGACUUUGACUCGGCCGUUCCAAAACAUUACCUUUAUUCUUCUUUAACCGUUCUUUGGUUGAAAGACUCGUGUGUUUAGGGUCGUUGUCUUGCUGCAUGAUCCACUUUCUCUUGAGAUUCAGAUCACGUACAGAUGUCCUGACAUUUUCCUUUAGAAUUCUCUGGAAUAAUUCAGAAUCCAUUGUUCCAUCAAUGAUGGCAAACCGUCCCGGCCCAGAUGCGGCAAAACAGCCCCAAACCAUGACACUACCAGCACCACGUUUCACAGAUGGGAUAAGGCUCUUAUGCUGGAAUGUAGUGUUUUCCUCUCUCCGAACAUAAUGCUUGUCAUUUAACCCAAAUAUCAUAUUUUGGUCUCAUCCAUCCACAAAACAUUUUUUCGGUAGCCUUCUGGCUUCUCCAUGUGAUCUUUAGCAAACUGCAGAGGGGCAGCGAUGUUCUUUCUCCUUGCAACCCCGCCAUGUACACCAUUGCUGUUCAGUGUUCUCCUGAAGGUGGACUCAUGAACAUUAACAUUCGCCAACGUGAGGUCCCUCACUCACACCUGAUCAUCAUCCCAUUGAUUGAAAACACCUAAAUAUAAUUUCACCUUCAAAUUAACUGCUAAUCCUAGACGUUCACAUACUUUUGCCACUCACAGAUAUGUAAUAUCGGAUCAUUAUAUAAUAUUUUUGUUUCAUUUGUUUAAUUGGGUUCUCUUUAUCUACUUCUAGGACAAAAUCCGAGGAUGUUUUCGGUCAUAUUCUGCUUCAAUACUGUGUUAAAAUUCAUGUUGGUCUACUCAUUAAUCUUACAUAUGAAUCAUCAUGACUGUACUUAUACUGUAUAUAUUCAGUUGGAUGGAUUCUUGGAUAACAAAAUAAAAAAUAUAUUUAAAUAUGUGUUAAA